AUGAGCGGCGAGAUCGAUGCCGUCUACAUAUAUGACGAGCACAACAACCCCCUCGUCGAGCAUGUAUAUCGCUCCCGGCCGCCCUCCGCCACCGCCAUCCUGCCCCUCUACCUUGCCCAUGCCGCCCCGCGCCCUUCCCUCCUAUACAUCCCCAAUGCCUCACCGCCGGUGACGGUAUUUUCAACCGUCCAGUCGAACCUGCUGUUCCUAGCGCUGACCGAGGUGGACACCGAGCCGCUUGUGGUGUUGGAAUUCCUGCAUCGGGUCGUCGAUGUGCUGGAGGAUUUUGUGGGCCCGCCCUUGCUCUCGAGCAGGAUCGAGUCCAACUAUGAUGUUGUUGCGCAGCUCUUGACUGAAAUGUGUGAUGCUGGUGUGGUGUGUAAUACUGAACCCAAUGCGCUGCAAGAAGUUGUUGAGGUACCGGGGUGGAUGGGGAAGCUAUUGGGGGGGAUCGGAGUGCCUGGAACAUCGACACCCACUAUGGGAACUGCCAAUCCCUUGAAGCAAUCAUUGGCCGCCGCGAGUUCGGCCCAAGGCCCUGCGAUUCCCUGGCGCCGGCCCGGGGUACGGCACACAUCCAACGAGUUAUAUGUCGACAUCAUUGAGUCUCUAUCUGUGACAAUGGCUCCAUCAGGGCGAUUGCUCUCUGCAUUAGUGUCUGGAACUAUUGCGUUCACGGCAAAGCUCUCCGGAGUCCCAGAUUUGCUAUUAAACCUAACAACACCCGGGGGACAACAAGGUAUCUCUCGCAAGAUAGAGCUGCCUGUUUUUCACCCAUGUGUCCGACUGGCGCGGUGGAGGGAACGACCGGGCGAGCUUAGCUUUAUACCGCCAGACGGCCGGUUCAUUUUGGCCGGGUAUGAAGUUGAUCUCCUCCCAAUAGAUUCGGACCUCGACGAACCGCCAAGCCACAUGGAGAAGCUUUUCCUUCCUGCCAUAGUGGAGAUUCGCAAAUCACUCGGGCCCUCCGGCGCCGACUUCGAGGUGCGAUUGACUCUGAACACAGACUUCCCGGGUCAGCCUUCAUCUGCCCGGCCGGGGCCCGCGCGGAAUGGAUCCGGCACCUCGACUCCAUCAUUCCUGGGCAACGUAGGUGGUGGAGGCAGUAAUACCACCGGACCGGUGCUUGAGGACGUUGUUGUCAGCGUCCCGAUUUCCAAAUCUGUACGACACAUCACGGACAUGCAGGCCAGCCGAGGUGACGCUCAGUUCUUGCCGGGCAGCGGUCUUCUCGAGUGGCGGGUUCCAACGGGCCGCGAAGCCGGCACGAUCUCUGGAACUGCAACUCUGCGGUGCUCCGUCGCGGGCUACCCGUUGGCGGACGAAGAUCUAGACGAAAGCCCAGAUGAGGAUGCCAAUGCAAAUCUCCUGCAAGGCUACUACGAGGCUCCGACUUCCUACCAUGACCAGGACAACAGCAUCGGCACUAAGACACGAUCGGGUGACCCAGCUAAGCGGAAGAAGAAGAAAAAGAAGUCCACCAAAAAAUCGUCCCGCUCUGCUGUUGCUGGCACCACCACCGCCACCACCGUCCCCGAAGAUACAGGCAACGGCCCGACUGAAGUACCCGCGGAAAGCUCAGCAAAGCUCUCAACUCCCUCCCCAGAUCCAUCCAAACCACGAACACCAACGCCUCCCUCCCAAUCCCAAACACAAUCACAAUCACACUCGCAGCCUCAACCUCAACCCUGUCUCCCCGCCUUCUUCUCCCCCUCCACAUCCGCACGCCCUACACCGCGCCGAACGAAAGCGCAACUCAACGCAAGCCUCAUGCCCAAUUCCGCUUCUGUCUCCUUCUCCGUGCGCGGCUGGCUUCCGUCGGGUAUCAGAGUUGAUAGUCUGAACAUCGAUCAGCGCCGCAGUCGCGGUCUGGGGGAGAGUGUCAAACCGUACAAGGGGGUGAAGUAUUUGUGUGUGAGUAAGCGUGGUGUUGAGAGACGAUGUUGA